AGCAAGAAACAGGUGGCUUUGGUGUGAACUACUUUACCCACCAUGCUUAGCGAAUAGCGACCUCAAUAAGGAAGUGCGAACUUACGAGUUCCUAGUUUAAUCAACUUAUUCAAGAAUCUUAGAUUUAGACAGUGUUAUUUGGAGGUCACCAAUAAUCAUUCCUAACUUAUGGCAGAUUUGUAAACAAGAUGCACGGAUGCAGUCUCCCCCAUCUCCCACCUGCUCUGAAACAAAUGACUUUCUACCUUUAAGCCAACUAAGAGUAGAAGAAUGUGGAAGUGAAAGAGCAAUUGGCAAACUGAUACAAGAACUGAAAUCAUACAUUGUGACAGAUAUCCCCAGGAUGAGGUCAACAGUGUCUUUCUACCUGUGCUACCUGCUGUGCCUGUGCCUUGGAAUGGCCUGCGUGAUGUGUGUGUGCUACUGGAACGCCCAUUGGAGAGGGGGCUUUGCCUGGGAUGCCUCAGCCCUUCAGUUCAACUGGCACCCUGUCCUAAUGGUCACAGGUCUGGUGGUAUUGUAUGGCAACGGAGCUGUGUUGUACCGUGUGCCCCUCACCUGGGGCGAGAACAAGCUGCCCUGGAAGCUUCUGCACGCUGGGGUAAUGCUGCUGGCCUUGGUCCUGUCAGUCCUGGGGCUCUGUGCCGUGUUUGGAAACCACAACCACAAUCACAUUCCCAACCUGUAUUCCCUCCACAGCUGGGUCGGCAUAUGCACCACAGCCCUCUUCACUACCCAGUGGGUUGCAGGACUCGUUGGAUUUCUUCUGCCCUGUUCUCCGAUGUCGUUCCGCAAGCUGCUGAAGCCUGUCCACGUGUGGCUGGGAGCUAGCAUACUGCUCCUUAGCAUCGUGUCCUGCAUCUCAGGGAUCAAUGAGAAGCUAUUCUUUGCACUGAAAGCCAACACCAAUGGGACCAAGCCAUAUGCAAUACUGCCACCUGAGGCAGUGUUAGGCAAUUCAUUGGGGGUCUUGAUUGUAGCCUUUGGCUUGGUUGUCCUGAAAAUCCUGUCCAAUCCCAAUUGGCAGCGGCCAGAGCCCAGAAGUAAUGAAGCAACCUAUAGGCCACUGCUUCAAGAAGACACCUGAAGAGACAUGAGGGAUACAGAACAUCUCUGGCAGUCUGCUAACCUUCCUACUAUUACAACUUUCUGGACAAUCCUGCAAAUAGUUGUCUCAUUUAGAUAAACAUAUUUAUAAAAUAUUUGGUUUACCAUAACAUGCUUUUUGCACAAGUAAAUACAUUCGGAGUAUUGUAAGUUAUUUGUUUAAAAUGUUUCUUCAAUCAUUUAUGUCAUUGCUAUCUGAUCCUACCAAGAGCCUGUACAGCAGCAAUAUCAAACUGUCUAGUUAAAUAUACACUUUAAUACAUUCGUCAUCCACAUCAAAGAUUUAGUCUAAACAAUUCCCCUUAGUACCAAGAGUUGUGCUUGAGGGUAGACUUUCCUUUCAACUCACUCAAAAAAAUGCAAUAAAAGAAGACAACAUACUGAGUCAUCGGGCCUUGUCUUGGCAUUAUAACAAA